ACAACUGACACCAAAUUAAGCUCUCUACUGGAACUCAAAGGGAAGCACUCAAAGAAGAGAGCAUGGAGAACGGCAGCCACCAACCCCACGUCCUCGUCCUCCCCUACCCGAGCCAAGGCCACAUCAACCCCAUGCUCCAAUUCGCCAAGCGCCUCUCCUCCCGCGGCCUCCUCGCCACCCUCGCCACCACCCGCUUCGUCCUCUCCACCACCCGCCCCGAACCCGGACCGGUCGCACUCGCCACCAUCUCCGACGGCUUCGACCAGGGCGGCUUCGCCUCCGCCGACUCCAUCGAGGCCUACCUCGACCGCGUCGAGUCGGUCGGAUCCGCGACCCUCGACGAGCUCAUCCGGUCCGAGCGGGCCGCGGGCCGGCCGGUCCGGGCUCUGGUCUAUGACUCCUUCUUCCCGUGGGCCCGAGAAGUCGGGGAGCGGCGCGGGCUGGCGACCGCGGCGUUCUUCACGCAGCCGUGCGGCGUUAACAUAGUCUACGGGCACGUGAACGAGCGCCGGCUCGGGAUACCGGUGACUGAGCCGGUCUCGCUGCCCGGUUUGCCCCGGCUCGAGCCGGACGACAUGCCGUCCUUCGUUUCGCAGGCGGACGCCGGCCUCUUCGCGUCGUACUUGAAGCUGGUGCUGGAACAGUAUAAGAACUUGGAUAAGGCCGAUGCGGUCUUCGUCAACUCCUUCUACGAGCUGGAGCCUGAGGAAGCUGGCUACAUGGCAUCCGCAUGGCGAGCCAAGACGAUGGGGCCCACGGUGCCAUCCUCGUACUUGGACAACCGGCUCCCAUCCGACUCCCACUAUGGCUUCGACCUCUACACCCCGAGCGUCGACCUCUGCAUGCAAUGGCUGGACUCCCUGCCCUCCAACUCCGUCGUCUACGUGUCCUUCGGCAGCAUGACCCCGCUCGGCCCCGAGCAGAUGGCGGAGCUCGCCUUCGGCCUUCUCGGCAGCGGCAAACGAUUCCUCUGGGUGGUGAGAUCCUCGGAAGCCUCCAAGCUUCCGGAGAACUUCGCGGAGGACUUGUCGCCGGAGCGAGGGCUGGUGGUUUCGUGGAGCCCGCAGAUGGCGGUGCUGUCGCACGAGGCGGUCGGCUGCUUCCUGACGCACUGCGGAUGGAAUUCGACGAUGGAGGGGAUCAGCUUGGGCGUGCCGAUGGUGGGAGUGCCGCAGUGGACGGACCAGCCGACGAACGCCAAGUAUGUCGAGGAUGUGUGGAGGGUCGGCGUGCGGGCGAGGGCCGGCGAGAGGGGAUUGGUGGGGAGGGAGGAGGUGGAGAGGUGUGUGAGGGUGGUGAUGGAGGGGGAGAGGAGCGAGGAGAUCAGGAGGAAUUCGAGCAAGUGGAGGGAGUUGGCCAAAAAGGCGGUGGCCGAGGGUGGAAGCUCGGAUAGGAACAUCUUAGAGUUUGUGGCCAAGUAUUGCUCGAAGUGAUAAUAAGCUGGGCUUGCUUUGGUCACCUUUGGUGGCUGCUUGUGGUUGCUGUUUGUACCAGUCGUUCUAUAUUUCUUGACUAUAACUUCGGUGCUCUGUUGCUUAUUUGCUUUUGGAACAUCACGUCGCAUGAGGACUAUUCCAUGCGUUUUGGUUUAUAUCCAUUCCUUCAAUAGAUUUCAAUAGCUUUGAAUACGAAACCCGGAGGACAUUUUAUUUUUUA